CUGGCUUGGGAAACGGAAGGCGUGACAUUAACAAAUCAGCUCCCAGAAAGAGGGAGACACAUUUUCCUUAGAGAGAGCGAAGGAAUGGAACUUGGCCCUUAAAAUCCAGCCGUGCCCACAUGACAGCUGAAGGAAGGAGGGGCUGACACCUACGUAGAGGCAGUUCCAUAAAGGCCUCCCUGUGGUACAAUCCCCAAAGGCAGUGCUGGGUGGUAGAUGGGGAGCCCUCCAAGGCAGAGCUGUUAGAAAGAAGCUGUCCAAGAAUCAGCCCAAUGUAUGCAUCAGCUCCUGCCUUUGGAGCGUGUUUGAGGUUUAGCAGUGUCAGCCUUCGGCAAGUUUAAUCAUUACAAACGUCCCCAGCCUCAGCCAGCCGGCUCUGCUACGCUCGGUUUUCUUUUGAAGGAAGCUGGAAUUUCGUAACUCAGCUGCCCAAGAGUGGGUGCACCCAGAGGACUGUCAUGGUUUCCAGUCAGAGGAGGUGUCCUUCCAUUGGAGUGACAGGAGCCACAGUGAUUGGUGUCUGCGUUGUGGCAGUGAUUUCUACCUGUAUCGCUCUGGCUGUGAGUCUGACCAUUAACAGGAAUCCCCCCCAAGACUCUGCACCCAAACCAGCCUUUCAGACAGACGGAGACCUGUUAGAAUACCUGCUAAAUCUGGGGAGCAUUGACAGGAAGGAUGGAUUGCUGGUCACCUGGUACCAUUCUGCAAACAAAAAGAGCGAGCUGGCGGAUGCCUUGAAGAAUGAUGUUAUGGUCCUGGAAGCAGAUGUCAACAUAGAAGGACAUAACACUCCUAAUGAGACCGACAAACCCAUCAUGGCCCAUCCCCCUGCUAUUUACAGUGACAACUCUUUUCAGGAAUGGCUGGAUGUCGUCCUUAACUCAUCUAGCAAAGGUAUCAAGCUGGAUUUCAAAAGCAUCAAGGCAGUUAGCCCAUCUCUGAAUAUUUUACUAAAGAAAUCCUCAGAAGUGAAGCUCAAUAGACCUCUGUGGUUAAACGCAGAUAUUCUAAUGGGUCCCAAUGUCCCCAUAAACACUGCAGUUAACGCAAGUUUAUUCCUUUCACUCAUCCAGGAGAAGUACCCAAACUGCACACUCUCUCUAGGGUGGACGACCCUCUAUUCAUUUCUGUUCCCCAACAAAACCUACACUCAGAAAAUGAUUCAAGAGAUGCACAGCAUCGUGGGGAUGCUGCCCCAAAGGGUCACCUUCCCUGUCAGGGCCGUCCUGCUGAGAUUGGCUUGGCCCCAUUUCAGCUGGCUGCUGGCUCAGUCUGAUAGGUAUAGCCUGACUCUGUGGCAGGGGAAGACGGAUCCAAUCGCAGUGGAAGAUCUCCUGUUCAUCCGGGAUAAUAGCCGUGCUGAACAAAUCUAUUAUGACAUUUACGAUCCUGUUCUGUCGCAGUUCAAGGAAGCAGCUUUGAAUUCAACAAGGAAGAGAUUCUACUAUCCUGGAGGCAAUUUGCUAGAUUACUUUCACCCAGCAGACUCCGAUGAACUGUGGAUAGAGUGGUAUGGGAUGGAUCACUAUGAGAACAGGCUGGAAACAUUGUCAAUUCUUAAAAAAAAGAGGGGCAUGAUUGCCCUGGACAUUGCAUUACAGAACAGCACCAGUGGAAAUCUCAUUCCCGUUGCACUGUAUCCAUCAGCAGGCCUCCCCCUGGAACAGUGUCUAGUUGCAGUAUACAGACAUCUCAAUCUUUGGGGGAUAUACCUGAACAUAACAGAACCUGGAGCACUUCGCCCUACACUUGAGCUCCUUAGUAAGCUAUAUUCCCAGAAUCUCUUAUGGAACCCCAUCUGGAUAAGCAUGGCUCUCUCCUUUGGAAGCUUUGAGACACCAGGAUACAUGCAAGGUGAAGAAUUCUUAACAGCCAUCAACAUCAUUUUCCCAUAUGUUACCAUAGCCCCUGGCUGGCCCAGGGAAGUGCUAACUGCUGGUUACACUGACCCAUUGAUAGAAGAUAUGCUCACACUCUGUAAGGAUCUCUGGCAACAUGUGUCAUUUCAGCUGGAGGCUGUGCCGCUGAGUAGAUCAUGGCUGGCAAUUACAAAGCUUUUGGAGAUUUCACCCAGCUACACCAUCACUGUGCAACACAGUUACACAGAGGGUAGCUACUGUGGUGGCUUCCCAGGACUCCGGUCUAUCCGAACACAUACACAGAAGGGGGUCUAUUAUAACAUACCAAGACAAUGCAGAAAUGCUUUGAUGGUGGAUGUCUUAACUUCUUAGAACUUCUCUGAGAGCCUGGUAAGUGACCCAAGUUUUUCCAGGGCCCAUUUGAUAGGAAAACUUCUCUUUGAGUGAUCAGCCUUGGCAAGCAUUACUCUGGCAAUCACAGUAGUGGCAGGUCUGUCACUGACACCUGCACUUGUGGGCCUGGGCAUUAGAACUAUUCUCUGAGUAGAGUUUAAUUUAUUUGGAUGUACUUUUUGCUUUGAACACGUCUCCCAAACAGAUCCCCUUUUGGUUUGUAGUGUCAGCCUGCUCAGUAGUUCACAUACUGGCAGGGCAGGGCGGAAGGGACGGGCUUCUCUCUUUAAGGAAGGAUGGUUUGUGGUUAAGGCAGUGCACUUGGUCUCAAAUCCUGGUUCUACCACCACACACACUGUGAUCCCGAGCAAAUCCAAUGGGGCUAGAUCAACAAAAGAAGCUCAAAACCCCAUCGCUCCGAUUGGGAUGCUUCUGACUAGAUUUUUUGAGAUUAAGCACCCAGCAUGCCGAGCUCUUUUGAAAAAAAAAAAAAAAUCCUUAAUCUCUGUCUCUCUGUUUUCCCAUCUGUAAAAUGGAGAUGGGAUUUCCUCUCUCCUACCUUUUGUCCGUUUGACCAGAUUGUAAACUCUUGGGGGCAAGGACUGUCUUUCUGCAGGUAGGUAUAACCUCUAAGAGCUGCUGUCAGACAAAUAAUUGUUUUAAAUAAAUGUCAUUUCAUCUGCUUGAGCUGGAGGCCUGUUUUGCUGGAUACAGUUUGGUUGUGGGGUUUUUAUCUAGGGCUAGUUGUUGCUAAGGUGGAACUCUCCACAUAGCCCAAUUUCUCCCCCUUUCGCCUUCGAGGGACAUUUUCUUUACAGUGGUUUGCUUCAGGUU